AUGGAGGAACCCAAAGGCCAUGGGUUGAGAGGUUUGGAGCUGAGUCUGCUGGAAAAUGACUGCCCAUGUGCAGUGCCUGUGGGCCUGGGGCAGUGCAGGAGCAGCAUAAAAGAGACUCCUUCUGCUCACUCUCUCAUCCACUCCUCUGGCCUCCAUCUCCUUGGAACAAGAGGGAAGGACGCAGAUGGUUCAGCUCCAGCCCAAGCCAUGUCCUGCUACACCCCCUGCCUGCCCUGCCAGCCCUGUGGCCCAACCCCACUGGCCAACAGCUGCAAUGAGCCCUGCUGUGUGAGGUGCCAGGACUCCACCGUUGCCAUCCAGCCCUCCCCUGUGAUAGUGACCCUGCCUGGCCCCAUCCUCAGCUCCUUCCCACAGAACACCGCCGUGGGCUCCUCCACCUCCGCUGCCGUUGGCAGCAUCCUCAGCUCUCAGGGGGUGCCCAUCAGCUCCGGGGGCUUUGGCCUCUCUGGCCUCUCUGGCUUGGGCAGGAGCUGCCUCCCCUGCUAG